AUUGGCGAAAUCAGCUGUAGAAACAAUAACACAGAGACGAACGCCCCAAAAUGAGAGCUUACCUAUAAAUGUCAGUAAUUUCAGGAGAAAGAGGAAUCGUUGAAAGAGCGAGGGAUAGAUGUAGCACACGUAUCGUUUGAGUGUCUUUACUGCAUUCUGCAAACUUGUUUCAGGGGAUCUCUUUCAGCUCAGCAGAGAGGGCGAGUGUGAAGAUGUUUCCUUUGUGUCAGCCGUGACACGCCAGCGACUUGAACACAAAACAGUCGCGAGUUUUCAAGAGACGCCUCGGUCAUUUAACGGUUUAAUUUGAUCUCCUGCACCCGGUUUAACGGGAGCCAGGAGGGAACCACGCGGACUGGCAUGUGGGUCAAUUCUGAAAGCGUCGGAAGGGCCCUCUCCAUGGAUAUAGACACAGAUUAUGAGCGACCGAAUGUGGAGACCAUAAAGUGUGUGGUGGUGGGUGAUAACGCGGUGGGCAAGACCCGACUGAUCUGUGCCCGUGCCUGCAAUGCCACCCUUACUCAGUACCAGCUGCUUGCCACCCACGUGCCAACUGUCUGGGCCAUCGACCAAUACCGUGUGUGCCAGGAGGUGCUGGAGAGGUCACGGGACGUGGUGGACGAGGUCAGUGUCUCCCUCAGGCUGUGGGACACAUUUGGAGAUCAUCACAAAGACAGACGCUUCGCUUAUGGCAGAUCAGAUGUAGUAGUGCUGUGCUUCUCUUUGGCCAAUCCGAACUCCCUGCGCCAUGUCCGCACCAUGUGGUUUCCUGAGAUUAAGCACUUCUGCCCCCGCACCCCAAUCAUCCUGGUGGGCUGCCAGCUGGACCUUCGCUAUGCUGAUCUGGACGCUGUUAACCGGGCUCGCCGGCCUCUGGCCAAACCCAUCAAACCCACAGACAUCCUUCCCCCAGAACGAGGCCAUGAGGUCGCUAAGGAACUCGGCAUUCCAUACUACGAAACAAGUAUUGUCGCUCAGUUCGGUGUAAAGGAUGUGUUUGACAAUGCUAUCCGUGGUGCACUCAUCUCUCGACGCCACCUUCAGUUCUGGAAGUCCCAUCUAAAGAGGGUUCAGCAUCCCCUACUCCAGGCACCGUUCCUCCCCCCCAGACCACCACGGCCUGUGGUGGGCAUCCCGGAUCCUCCUCCAAUGGAUGGAGAAGGUCUAGACUCUCUUUUCUGCCAGCCGUUGUGUGCAGAUGUCCUGUUUCUACUCCAGGCGGGUGCCAGUCGUCUCUUUGCCCAUAAGGUGUACCUCGCCACUUCCUGCUCAAAGUUCUAUGACCUUUUCACUAUGGAUCUUGGAGCAUUAGGGACGGAGAAGGAGGGUGAAGAGAGCUCAGAGGGGAGCGAGGAAGAAGAGCAGAGCCGAAGAGGAGCCAAAGAACAGGCUGGGCGUACCAAGAGUCUGGACAUUGAUAAGGAGGGGGAAAGGGGCACCAGGGGUUCAAAUAGGCUGCUCAUGUUGCAGCAGGGCUCACUGAGGACUUCACAGAGCGAUAACGCUCUGCCUGCCAGGGGCCAGUGCUCUGUGGGACCCCUGGGAGCAGGCCGUGCUCUUUUGGGAUGGGGACGUGGUUUCUUGGGGGUGUACCUGGACAUGGUGGAUGACCCUGUGACAGGUCGGCCUAGACUCAUGACGGUUGUGUCAAUGGAUGAUCUCAUUCAGAAAGGGCCUUUCCAGGCAGUGCUGCAGUACCUUUAUACAGGUCACCUGGAUGAGACACGUGGGGACCUGAUGCAGGUGGCCACCAUCGCUGAGCUUCUGGAGGUCUUCGACUUGCGUAUGAUGGUGGCUAAUGUCCUGAACCGUGAGAGCUUCAUGAACCAGGAAAUCACCAAAGCCUUCCAUGUGCGUCGUGCCAACCGCAUCAAAGAGUGCCUGAGCAAGGGCUCCUUUGCUGAUGUGGUGUUUCGAUUGGACGAUGGAUAUCUGCCAGCCCACAAGCCACUGCUCAUCUCAAGCUGUGAUUGGAUGGCAGCCAUGUUUCGUGGAUUCUUCAUGGAGAGCUACACUGAGGAGGUCUCUAUCCCCAACACCACUUGUGCCUGCAUGAGAGGCGUUCUGGAGUUCCUCUACUGUGGUGUGUUAACACCUUGUCCUGAACUGGAGUCAAUGGACCUUAUAAUAUUAGCCAACCGCCUCUGUCUUCCUCGCCUUGUAGCUCUAACAGAGCAACAUGCUGUUGAGGAGCUAUUGCAGUUGUCCGUUAAAGGGGUGGACAUUGAUGGGCAUGUGCUGGCCUAUCUGGAGACGGCUCAGUUCCACAAUGCCAAACAGCUUUCUGCCUGGUGUCUGCAUCACAUCUGCACCAACUACAACAGCGUUUGUCGAAAAUUCCCUAAAGACAUGAAGACGAUGUGUCCUGAAAACCAGAAACACUUCGAGAAGUAUCGCUGGCCCCCUGUGUGGUUCCUGAAGGACGAAGACCGCUACCUCCGUUCUCAAAAAGAGCGAGAGCGUGAGGAGCAGAUCUUACGCAAGCAGCACACUAAACGGGGCUGGUGUUUCUGGAGACAUCCGUCCUCUUCAGCAACCCACAUUUCCUGAGGGUCUGCCUCCAUUCAUCCUUUCCACCCCCCUGUUCUCUUCAUCCUCAUCUCAGUCCAGAGGUGUGUAGCCAAGCCUGGGGAGCCCUGUUUCUGUGCAUCUGUCCUGACUAUUGGAAGCGAGUCCAGAGGGUCCUCUUUGCCUGUGCGCUUUACCCUUCCCCACCCACAUUGGGCCUUAGUGGACUGCCCAUCACGAGAACGUCAUUAAACGGGAGAAGGUUUGGAGAAAGUCUCAAAUCUCUCUCUAUCUCAGUGUUACAUGUUCUACUUUGCGAAUGCAACAGGUCUCGCAACAGCAUCACAUAGGGAACAGCAUCAUUGCAGUGACCUGCUUUCGCCUGUUAAGACUGUUAUUAUUAUACGAGACCACACACACUCACACCAGCACCCCGUCUGAGCGCUGGCGCCCGGGCACACAGAUGCUGCACGGUGCUGCUGCGUUGAUCUUUUUUCUGUGAGACCUAUUUUUGGGAAAACCGUCAUGUUCAAUGCGUACAAGCUGAAACAUAGCUUAGCUUUGAAUACAACUAGCAACUAAAAUGGCGGCAGGGAUAUACAUAUAAAAAAAUUGUUAGAAUAAAGGGGAUAUUUCCCCUGCCUUCAUGCUCACUAAAAACAGUUGAAAAACAGCUUCCAUUGCCCCAUAUUGGCUCGGAAUACCAAUUGUGUUGCUUACUGAAUAACAGUUUUUCAGAUUGCUUCCCCUUACUAAAUUUUGCUCACGUGGUAGAACAGAAGGGGUGUGUAGAUCAGGUCUGUCACUCACUAAAAAACUCUAGGACAGCACCAAAGACAGACAACACAUUCAAACACAAGCGCCUUACCAAAAUAUGCAGAAACAAAAACUUAACAGCAAGUAAACUAUGAAAUUAGGGCUAUUUUUACCACUGCCAGUAGAGUAAUAACAAUCACAGCUGUUAUAUGACAUUCUGUCGAUUGAGUUUUGUGAUUUGACCUCUAGCAAGCUCCUUGACUUGCUCGCCUUUCACUUCCACCACUGAGGGGCGCCCAUGCCUUCUAAGUUUAUACUGCUUAAGUAUUAGCUACUCUUUUGUUAGUCGGUCCUGUUGCAGAUCUUCACACCCUUGUGAAAUGCUCUUGUUUUUGUAGCACUACUUCAGUCUUGGCUAUUAGCAAACCAAAAAGUAGAUUGCAAUGUUUUUUUAUUCCUCCGCCGCUCAUCUCUGUUAUUCCUCUGCUCCUCUACCUCUGCAGUUAGCCAGACUGAGGGAGAAACUAUCGAUCCACUUCCUGUAGUGUUUGAUAUGUUGCAAUGUGAUGCUUCCCUUUGCACUUUACACAUGCAGAUAAAAUCAGCGCUCAGGAUUAACUUGCUAAAUGUCACAGCGUUCAACCACUCACCCAUUAUCUCCUUAAGAGGCGGUUUCACUAGACUUUGAGCACUGCAACAGUUGUGAUGUGAUCUCACGCUCUGGUGGGUUUUUUUUUUUUCUUAAACCAUAGUACAAAGCAUUCAACAUAUAACGAAUAAUAAUAAAUUCAAAAUGUAAAAAUAUACAAUCUACUGAAUAUUUAUGCAGUGAAAUGUAAAACUUCCAGUUUCCAGCAUCUAUAUGCGUAUGUAUGGAAGUAAUUGGAAAGAAAAGUGUAGUGUGACCGCCGCUUUAUUCAAGUUCUCCUGCUCUGACAAUCUAAAUAACAAAAUAUCCCACCAUAAAAAAGUGUACCCUUCUAUUUCAAUUGAAUAGCUUUCGAUUUCAAGCUUUGUACUUUGAAACAGGUUUUGUGGUUAAACUGACAGUGCUAUGCUAACAUGCUAACCCACUCUCAGCAUGGAUCCUCCUUUCUGAUGUGCAUGUGCUGUGGAGUGUUAGCAUUAAUUUGCUUGAGUCUGGUCUUGACUGCCUUCCACCUGAAAACAUGAGUGCCUAUUUACCAUUGUUACACUUUCCCUUCUACAUUCAAGUAUUUCUCGGUGAAGCAUGUUUGUUUUGCCUGUUUCGUGCCUUUUAACAAAAGUGUUUCUAACAGCUACUUUGGAGGUGAAUGAGAAAUCAGAGACAUUUUAAGUUUUCCAUGCCACCCUUUUUCUAUUUCUGGCUUUCUGAUUUCACUUCCUCAAGGCUGCACGCUGCUUUUCGCACCAGACGAGCUGAAAUCAUCAACAGCUACUAAAAUAGACAUACAGAGCCCAUGUGCUCAGACAGGCCUAUCUGCACACAAAUAAUAAAUAAAUGCAGAGAGCAGACACUCGUCUGUGUGCUACCGUCUUGACAUUCACUUGUAGGUACUUCCAAUUAAGAUGCUUUAUUUAUAGGGGCAGACAAAUAAAUGAAUGUUUAUAGAUGCCACACUAUGCCUAAAGGCUCAAUAAUUAGAAAGAUCAUUAAUGUACUGUAUGACCUUGCUGUGUAUCUGCAGACUGGCUCUGCGAUGAAUUAUGUAUUUAAUCACAGCUUUCCUCUCUGAGUUAGGCCAUUGUGUACCCCAGAUGAGUGAUUUGUGAACACUACAAACAUCAGCAUGCUUGUUGGGAAGGAAUUAGAAAGCGUUGGUGCCGUGGUGAAUUCAGGCUUGUUAGCACUUUUUGUUCUUUGAUUAUUUGCUUUUGCACUUUUAUUUUAGAUUUGGUUUCUAAACAAUAGCUUUUUAAAAUGUUUUGUAGCAUGGAAUGGUUUCCUCCAUUAAAACGGUGCUCCUUAUGGCCCUGCAUAUUUUGUGUUUACAUAAAAAUAAAAAUCCCUAUUACUUAAUAUAAGACUUUUAUGUUGGCGGCUCAUAUUUAAUCGAAUAUGCCUUCAUUAACUUCAAGGACAUGUGAUCCAUGUUUUUCUGUAGAAAUUAGGUAGUUUCCUAGAUUUCAAACAAAUAGUAGGCUAUUAGAAAUGUCCAUUAGUCCUUAAAAGGAUCGUUCACCCCAAAUACAAAUUCUGUCAUUUGCUCUCCCGCAUUGUGUUUGAAACGUGUAUCUUCUGCAGGACACUAAAGAAGUUAUUUAGAAAAAUGGGUUAGUCUAUAUAAUUGAAGUCAAUGGCAUCCAACUCAACUUUAUUGCAUGGAAAAAAACAUUUUUCACAAUAUCUUUGUUUUUAUGUUCCACAGAAGUAAAAAAAGGGUCAUAUAAGUUUUAAAAUGUGAGUAAAUGAUGAUAGAAUGUUCAUAUUUGAAUGAACGAUUCAUUUAAAGUCAGAGGCAGUGAGUAACAACACAAAAGAUAACAGUAUAACUGCUAAAUAUGCACUUUACCUUAAAAUUUGAUACAAAUUAUAUUCUUUGAGGAUUUUCUUUCAAUUUAACAGUAGUCUUUAGCAACCAACUGUAAAGUAUUCAUCACUGCACGUUUGCAGGUAAGAUGUGCAUGGGAAUGGUCUAAGCUGUAACGCAUAUGUAAUUAUGCAUAACAGAAGCUUUCAUUACUAAGGAAAUAUCAUGCACUUUCGUCACGAUAUUGAAAAAAAUGCAAAAAUCAGCCCUAAGUUCAAAAAGUUAAUCCAAAACCCGUACAUAUAUUUAAUGUUAUUCUAAAUGUUUAUCAUAUUCAUUAUUAAUGAAACAUUGUGGUAGUAGUUCUGUUUAUUUAAUAACAGUACAGCAUUAGAAACCCACUCUAAGAACUGGGAGAGCACUUGAGAAUUGCGGUCUAUUGUUGUGUUACUGUGCCUUCAAUCUCUUCUCACUGAAGAGAGGUCACUGCCUUUAGUUUUGAUCAAGGUAAUUGUAGUGCUUUAACAAACACACAUUACACCACACACUUCAGCUGACAGCCAGCAGACCACUGUAUUGCUCCUUCUGCAUGCAUGUGGACAGCAUGUAGCAAUACCCUUUGUUUUUUAAGUGAUGUGAAAUGUUUGUAUGCUUUUCCCUCCCUCUAAAUAUUUGGAUGUUUUCCUCCCUCUUUCAUUGUCCUGAGCUGAGUGGAAACCUGUGCUUGUUGUGAACAGUGAUCAUACUUGUUUGGAUUGAGAGUGAAUGUAAACACAUGAGCAUUAACAGAGUGUCAGAGGCACACUUGCGCCCUCUACAGUCAACUGAAGGUCAGGGGUUUCUUUUAUUUUAUUAUUUUCUUUUUUAAAGGUAAUAUAAAUUGGUGUAUGACAAGGGAAAUAUGUUACACAACAUUCUUUUUUGGAAUAUGACUUUGGUUUAUGUGUAUUUUUGUAAAAUACUAAUACCAGAGAGCAGUUUUUGUGGUGAUUUUUUUUUUUUUAAAUGUUAUUUUUUAUUUUAUUUUUUAACUUUUUUCAACAUUUGUAUUAAACUGGAAUGGUUAACCACAUCUUAAUGCUUGUUAACAAUUAACAAUCUGACCUCAGGUCAUGGGCAGAGACCACUUCAAGCCCUUGUUAGUUUCUGUGUUUCAACAGAGGGGCUCUAUACAACCAACUUCCUUUCUGUGCUUUGAAAUCCACCUUCAUCUCCAUGAAAGAAAAGAGCCGUUUUACUUUUCUGAACAACAUCUGUCAGUUUUAGUGGAGCACUUGUAUGCCCUUUGACAAACUGGUGUUUGUGGUGAGGUGAUCUGUUUAAAUGGUCCUUGCCAUUUUCUGUCUUGAGCUGAGGCGGGUGUCACUGACUGCUGUCCAUUCCCUUGACCUCUUCUCCUCUUUCGAAUCUAUGACUUUUUAAAGCAGUUUUUCCCACUUUUAACUUCUUAAUAUGAGUAUUGUAUUUUUUUUUCUUAGAAAAAGCACACACGCCAUACACACUACUAAGGGCUUUCAAAAUACAAAAUCAGAUUGUUUUGCUGCUCUUGCUAAAAAUAAAUAAAAAAAAGAUAUUACAAAAACACUUUUUCCUGAAUUGUUUGUAAUAUUUUUGAACAACUGUGAUUUGUACAAAAUGGAGCUGAAAAAAAGGGUUUGGAAAGGUUAUCUGUUUCAGUAUUUGAAUGUUUGCUUGGCUUUUAAUAAAACUUAACUGAACUCUUUGAACUCA